AAUGACUCCGGAAAGAGUGCCACGGGAUCAUUCACAUGGUGUUUGCUGCGGUCAUGCAUAAUCGGCCGUGAUCGACCGCGAUUUGCAAUCCGAUUGUGCAUACAUGGAAUUCUGUAAAUAAUUUAUUAGCAUUGCAAAAUUUCACGUCACGCAUUCAACAUGUCACGGCAUCGAGACGUUCGCUGCAUGAAUUAUUCGGACGAAUACGAUGGCUACGAUGACGUUUACGGACAUUCAGUGGAGGAUGAUUACUGCGUGUCACCUAGCGCGGAGCAAUUCCUGUUUGAUCGGAGCAAGCAACAGAAUAUCGCUUCGUUCAUCACCGAGCCAGACAUAUUGGAGGACAACGAGGAUGUUGAUGAGCCUUCAGCAUCGCUCAGUGAAGAUAAAUGUAAUCUUUCUGAAUUGGAAAAAGCAAAGCUGUUAUCUUGCAUGGACACAAUCAGAAAUGUCAUAGGUGAUACCGUGCCCGAGUCCAAGCUGAAGGAGAAGAUUAUUUCGUCAGGCUUCAAUGCGGACGUGGCGCUCGAUGCCAUUCUAAAGGAAUCUUCACCAAAAAAUGCUAUUAAUUCAGCAGCGAAUAAGGAACGAGGAUUGGAGCGGCAUCCAGGUAACAAAUUAUCGUCCAAGCCUGCAUUGCAAGUCGCUACACCCAUCAAAGUCGUGUCCACUGGAACGAAGCCCGUGGUAAAGGGUUUCGACUUGAGCGGUGUCGAGAACGCGGAAUUACUGAGUCCGCGUUGCCAGAGCCCGUCCUCCAAUCGGAACAGUCCCGAGGUCAAGCGCAAGGAGAACAUCGUGCAGAAGGAGAGAAAAGCAAUCUCCUCGAAGACAAACAGCCCGAGGUGCCAGUCACCCAUAUCGGGCCACGUGACGCCGGACCUGGACUCGAAAGCUAAAUCCAACGCGUCCAACGAGGAGAAGAUGGACGCCCAGGCUAUAUACAAGAGUAAACGGGGCGACAGCAAGGAACAGCUGCACUUGGUUGUGGUGGGACACGUCGACGCCGGGAAGAGCACGUUGCUCGGACGACUGCUCUGCGACCUGGGCCAGGUGCCGCAGAGACUGAUUCACAAGUACCAGCAGGAGAGCAAGAAAAUAGGAAAGCAGUCGUUCGCGUACGCCUGGGUGCUCGACGAGACCGGUGAAGAGAGAGAGCGAGGCAUCACGAUGGACAUAGGCCACUCCAAGUUCGAAACGGACACCAAGUCCAUCACCCUCCUCGACGCACCUGGCCACAAGGACUUCAUCCCGAACAUGAUAACCGGCGCCACGCAGGCGGACGUGGCUCUGCUGGUGGUGGACGCGACCAGGGGCGAAUUCGAGACUGGAUUCGACAGCGGUGGGCAGACGCGCGAGCACGCGUUGCUGCUGCGUUCCUUAGGAGUAUCGCAACUGGCAGUGGUCGUAAACAAGCUGGACACCGUGGACUGGUCCAAGGACAGAUUCAACGAGAUAGUUGACAAGAUGAGCGUGUUCCUGAAACAAGCCGGCUUCAAGGAUACCGUCACCUUUGUACCUUGCAGCGGUCUGUCCGGCGAGAACAUCGUGACGAAGCCGAAGGAGCAACUGUCUAACUGGUAUACUGGACCGACUCUAGUCAGCGUGAUCGAUAACUUCAAGUGUCCGGAGCGACCUGUAAACAAGCCAUUCCGUUUCUCGGUCAACGAUAUAUUCAAGGGCACCGGGUCCGGCUUCUGCGUGUCGGGCCACGUUGAAACGGGUAUGGUGUCCCUGGGCGACAAAGUUCUGAUAUUGCCGCAAAACGAGAUCGCAGUUGUCAAGGGUCUCCAGACGGACGAGGUCUCGAUGACGAGCGUGUUCGCCGGCGAUCACGUCGCGCUGACACUAGCGGGAAUCGAGCAACAGAACGUGAGCAUCGGCGACAUAAUCUGCAACCCGCAGAGCCCGGCGCCGGUGACGACGUGCUUUCAAGCGCACGUGGUCGUGUUCGCGAUCGCGAAACCGAUCACGAAGGGGCUUCCAGUGGUGAUGCACCAACAGUCCCUGGUACAGCCGGCGGUAAUUACGAAAUUGGUGGCGCAGCUACAUCGCAGCACCGGCGACGUGAUGAAGAAGAAGCCGCGCUGUUUACCGAAGAAUUCCAGCGCGAUCAUCGAGGUCGUGACGCAAAAUCCAGUCUGCAUGGAGCUGUACAAGGAUAUUAAGCAGUUGGGCAGAGUUAUGUUGCGAUUAGAAGGCACCACCAUCGCAGCCGGCUUGAUCACCAAGAUCUUGUAAGCGUAAGAAGGGAUUUUCCGAUCGUGUACAGAGUCUCGAACAUAGAAUCUUUGCGCGUACUAGAGGAGAGAUCGUAAAAGUGUCUACAUCUACGUAUACAACGCAAACGUAUUUAUACAUCACACAAGAUCACAUGCGGAACCUCUUUUUUAUUGGUUGCUACUCUAUUUAGUA